UUAUAAUUCUUUGAGUAGAAACUGCAGAGAAUGUUGGAAUUUCUUGAAGUACAAGAGGAAUAUAUCAAAGAUGAACAACGUAACCUAAAGAAAGAAUAUUUGCAUGCUCAAGAAGAAGUUAAACGUAUCCAAAGUGUACCUUUGGUCAUUGGACAAUUCCUAGAAGCUGUUGAUCAGAACACUGGUAUAGUUGGUUCCACAACAGGCUCAAAUUAUUAUGUACGGAUUUUGUCUACCAUAGACAGAGAACUUUUAAAGCCUUCAGCUAGUGUAGCACUUCACAAGCAUAGUAAUGCUUUGGUAGAUGUUCUACCACCAGAAGCUGAUUCUAGUAUUUCUAUGUUACAAGCAGAUGAGAAACCAGAUAUUCAGUACAGCGACAUAGGUGGAAUGGAUAUGCAGAAGCAAGAAAUUAGAGAGGCAGUGGAACUACCUCUUACUCAUUUUGAAUUAUAUAAGCAGAUCGGUAUUGAUCCACCGCGAGGUGUACUUAUGUAUGGACCACCUGGUUGUGGAAAAACUAUGUUGGCAAAAGCUGUUGCUAGACAUACUACUGCUGCUUUCAUUCGCGUAGUGGGUUCUGAAUUUGUACAAAAGUAUCUGGGUGAAGGUCCGAGAAUGGUGCGAGAUGUGUUUCGUUUGGCGAAAGAGAACUCGCCGGCUAUAAUAUUUGUCGAUGAAAUAGAUGCUAUCGCUACAAAAAGAUUCGAUGCUCAAACUGGAGCGGAUCGUGAGGUGCAACGUAUUCUCUUGGAAUUACUCAAUCAAAUGGAUGGUUUUGAUCAGACGACUAAUGUCAAAGUUAUUAUGGCGACGAAUAGAGCGGAUACAUUGGAUCCCGCACUACUUCGUCCCGGUAGAUUGGAUCGCAAAAUUGAAUUUCCGUUACCUGAUCGACGGCAAAAGCGUUUAAUUUUCUCUACAAUUACUGCAAAAAUGAACCUGAGCGAAGAAGUGGAUCUUGAAGAUUAUGUAGCACGACCAGAUAGAAUUUCUGGUGCUGAUAUCAAUGCUAUCUGUCAAGAAGCAGGAAUGCACGCGGUUCGUGAGAAUCGUUACAUCGUUUUAGCAAAAGAUUUUGAGAAAGGUUAUAAAAAUAAUAUUAAGAAAGAUGAGUCUGAACAUGAAUUUUAUAAGUGAAUCAAAUAAUAUUCUGUUUUUCGAUUAUUCGAUUAUCGAUUUCGAUUAUUCAAGUAUCUUACUUACAUAUUUAAUUAACAUACAAAUGAGAUAUGAACAAAAUUAAAAUAAUGAAUACAAUACUAUGUCUUCUAUUAAUUCUUCGUUCGUUGGAUUCCUUCUUGGCUUGACCUCUAUUCUCACUAUUUGUUUGCAACAAUCAUGUAUCAUCGUUGUAAUCGCUUUCAUUGAUUUCCUUUUAUCACAUGCUCUUUCUAGCGGAAUUGUAUAUUUCACGCAAUAAAGAGAUUUAAAACUUGUUUUAA